AUGUUCCUCAACCUGGUUGCAAUCGUAGCUCUGCUUUGGCUGGCGAUUCAUGGACUACAUAAAAUCUUUCGGAGUCGCAGAAGAGACGUCCUUCCGCUUCCCACUUCCAGCGACCGUCCAUCUCGCGUGUCUACGACGGCCUUUUCCUUAUUCCUGCAGCCUGUCUACUUGAGAAUCGAAAGCACUGGGCUCAAUGCGAGGCUAGAGACACUCGCGACAUACCUUUCCGAUCGGAAAAAUGUAAAUGUUAGACGGUUGGUCAAGAGGGUUUACGACGUCGGCGCUGUUCUGGGAGUUUUUGGCCUCGCCCUGGCUUUGGCUGCACUCACCUAUGCCACCGGCGAGACGCUCUUCUCUGUACUCGCUCCUGCGAACGGAACGAGUCCAACGUUUAACAACUUGACUAAGCGAUCUUCGUCGGACUCUGCAUUCGCUGAAGGGACGACUCCUCAGGCGAGCUCGUAUAGCCGUGUGAUAAACCCCAUUAUCCCUGGCGUCACCGUGCCCCUCAGCCACCUCUCCAUUCUCCUUGUGGCCCUGUUCUGGAAUCAGAUAGUUCACGAAGCCGGACAUGCCAUCGCAGCUACUAUUGAGACAGUAGACGUUCUGUCCGUCGGCGCAUCGCUCUACGUCGUGCUACCCUCCGCAUUUGUCAAAUUGUCGUCCUCGAAUAUGGAAUUGCUGUCUCCUCGCCCGCGCCUAAGAAUAAUCGCCGCAGGGGCCUUCCACAACCUGCUCACGUGGUUUCUGCUCACCAUGCUAGUAUCGUCUGGAUUGGGAAGAACUCUUUGGACCCUGGUAGGGUACAGAGACGUGUCGACCUAUGCGGUAGGCGUAACUGGUGUGGAAGAUGGAUCUGACCUUGGUGAAUAUAUUGCACCAGGCGCUCUGAUCACCAAACUAGACGAUGUGUCCCUGGGAUCGUCGAAUUCAGUUGACGUAUGGACAGCCUACCUCGCGGGGACUGUGGAGCACCGCUCAACCGGCUGGUGCAUCAGCGAGGACUGGUAUCUAGCGCGGCCUACUGCUUGCUGCGAGGGAAGCGCAGAUGCAUCAAAAGCGGCCUCCCAAUUGGCCUGCUUUCGGCCGUCAGAUGGCUCGACAGUAGGCAGGUGUCUCGAUCCACUAUCUAUCAUGGUCCAAGAACCUGCAUCCCAGCGCCGCUGUGCUGUGUCCUCCGAUUGCGACUCACAUGCGACCUGCAUCACGCCCGACAAGGACGAGACUUUACUGCGGCUCACCUUUAUACCCGAGCCUUUCAAAAGCGGGGAAAAGGACGCCACUCAAAUGCUCCUGUGGCGGGGCCCUCGCGUUGAAGUACUCGAGCAGGUGCGUGUCGGAACUCUGAUGCCUGGCCGGUUCUACCUGCCUGUCGGUGUGCCCGGAUUGGUCGGGGUAUGCAUCGAGUAUAUCUCGCGACCGUAGCUUUGUCGCUAUAUUUCUUCAAUCUAUUGCCCCUGCCUUACCUUGACGGAGCGCAACUCGUAGACGCCCUCCUUGACUACGGAGACGCUUGGUCCGUCACAAGGCACGCAUACCAUUCAAGUGGGCGAGAUAUCGAAUUGGAGGCCAUGGAAGGGGGAACAUCAGCACGUGUUCUGCGGAGAGACCAGGGGUAUCGGACUACUAAGUCCCGGUGGAAAAUUCGCAUAGCGAGGGCAG